CCCCGGCCGCACUUAAGGAGCUGAAGGCCAGUGCCAGGGAAGAAGGAGGAAGAAAGCCCCGGCUGCUGUUGACCCACUUGGACCCACACCUAGACAAAACCCGCGCCAAGCCCAGCCCCAGCUAGCUCUAGACUGCGCCAUGCGGGGCCCCAGCGUGGCUCUGUGGCUCAUCCUGGCUCUGCGCACUGCACUCGGAGGGAUGGAGGUGCGAUGGUGCACCAUCUCAGACCCGGAGCAGCAGAAGUGCAGUGACAUGAGCAAGGCCUUCCAGGAAGCCAGCAUCCAGCCCUCCCUCCUGUGCGUCCAGGGCACCUCAGCUGACCACUGCCUCCAGCUCAUCACGGCCCGGGAAGCUGAUGCCAUCACUCUGGAUGGAGGAGCCAUUUACGAGGCGGGGAAGGAGCACGGCCUGAAGCCCGUGGUGGGCGAGGUGUAUGACCAAGAGGUCGGUACCUCCUAUUAUGCCGUGGCUGUGGUGAAGAGAGGCUCCCACGUGACCAUCAACACCCUGAAAGGCGUGCCGUCCUGCCACACGGGCAUCAACCGGACGGUGGGCUGGAACGUGCCUGUGGGCUACCUGGUGGAGAGUGGCCGCCUCUCGGUGAUGGGCUGCGACGUGCUCAAAGCUGUCAGCGACUAUUUUGGGGGCAGCUGCGUCCCCGGGGCAGGAGAGACCAGUUACUCAGAGUCCCUCUGUCGACUCUGCCGGGGCAACACCGCUGGGGAAGGGGUGUGUGACAAGAGCCCCCUGGAGAGAUACUAUGACUACAGCGGGGCCUUCCGGUGCCUGGCAGAAGGGGCCGGGGACGUGGCCUUUGUGAAGCACAGCACAGUGCUGGAGAACACAGACGGGAAAACCCUGCCCUCCUGGGGCCAGACGCUGCUGUCACAGAACUUCGAGCUGCUGUGCCGGGAUGGCAGCCGGGCUGAUGUCACUGAAUGGAGGCGAUGCCACCUGGCUCGGGUGCCUGCUCAUGCCGUGGUGGUCCGGGCCGACACAGAUGGGGGUCUCAUCUUCCGGCUGCUCAACGAAGGCCAGCGCCUGUUCAGCCAUGAGGGCAGCAGCUUCCAGAUGUUCAGCUCUGAGGCCUACGGCCAGAAGAACCUGCUGUUCAAAGACACCACCUCCGAGCUGGUGCCCAUUGCCACGCAGACCUAUGAGGCAUGGCUGGGCCGCGAGUACCUGCAUGCCAUGAAGGGUCUCCUCUGUGACCCCAACCGGCUGCCCCACUACCUGCGCUGGUGUGUGCUGUCCACGCCCGAGAUCCAGAAGUGUGGAGACAUGGCUGUGGCCUUCAGCCGGCAGAGGCUCAAGCCGGAGAUCCAGUGUGUGUCCGCCGAGUCCCCCCAGCACUGCAUGGAACAGAUCCAGGCUGGGCAAAUCGACGCUGUGACCCUGAAGGGCCAGGACAUUUACACAGCGGGGAAGAUGUACGGCCUGGUUCCAGCAGCUGGGGAACACUACGCCCCGGAGGACAGAAGCAACUCGUACUUUGCGGUGGCCGUGGUGAAGCGGAACAGCUCCUAUGCCUUCACCCUGGACGAGCUGCGGGGCAAGCGCUCCUGCCACCCAGGCUUCGGCAGCCCUGCAGGCUGGGACAUCCCCGUGGGCGCCCUUGUGCAGAGGGGCUUCAUCCGGCCCAGGGACUGCGACGUCCUCACAGCGGUGAGUGAGUUCUUCAGCGCCAGCUGCGUGCCCGUGAACAACCCCAAGCACUACCCAUCCUCGCUGUGCGCACUCUGCGUGGGAGACGAGCAAGGCCACAACAAGUGUGUGGGAAACAGCCAGGAGAGGUACUACGGCUACAGUGGCGCCUUCAGGUGCCUGGUUGAGAAUGCAGGGGACGUUGCCUUCGUUAAGCACACGACUGUCUUCGACAACACGAAUGGUCACAAUUCUGAGCCCUGGGCUGCUGAGCUCAUGUCAGAGGACUACGAGCUGCUGUGUCCCAAUGGCGCCCGGGCCGAGGUGACCCAGUUCGCAGCCUGCAACCUGGCACAGAUACCGUCCCAUGCUGUCAUGGUCCGGCCGGACACCAACAUCUUCACUGUGUAUGGACUGCUGGACAAGGCCCAGGACCUCUUUGGAGAUGACCACAAUAAGAAUGGGUUCAAAAUGUUCGACUCCUCCAACUAUCAUGGCCAAGACCUGCUUUUCAAGGAUGCCACCCUCCGGGCAGUACCUGUGGGAGAGAAAACUACUUACCGUGACUGGCUAGGCCCCGACUACAUGGCAGCUCUGGAAGGGAUGCUGUCUCAGCAGUGCUCAGGCACAGCGCUCGUGGCCUCCAGGGUCUCCCCUCUCCUGCUGCUGCUCCCGCCGGCCCUCACGGCCAGCCUCCUCCAGCCCUGCCUCUGA